AUGUUAAAUCUGGGCUUGCAACGACGUAGUGGUGCGUUCUAUCAGAUAUUGUCGGUGGAUGGAAAGGGUAGAGUUGUGAGAGGUGCUGAGAAGGUCAAUAAACCAAUGACUGAGACCCUGGGUUCGGAACGAACGAUCGCUCAUGACCACUCAAGCACAACACCAAUCACUACUCCUCCAACAACUGACAAAGCAGCGCAAUUGCACCUAACGCAAUUCCGAGUAGAAUCUAGCUCUGCCACUGCCAACGCAAGCACCAAACAACAGCCUCAAAACCAACUCUGCCGUCACUGGUGCCGCCAUGGCAUCUGCAAAUGGGGCCAGCAAUGCCGAUACCGACACAGCAUGCCAAUGAGCACUUCCGGUCUCCAGGAAAUAGGCCUCGUCCACUGGCCUGUCUGGUUCCGACGCGUGAAUCCAGGGUAUUUCGCAGCCGAGGUCGUGACUUCCAACUCGAACUUGGGUCGAAGUAAGGUCAAGAGGAGUGUGGAGUCGAUGGGGUGCACGAGUCUGGGUGGGAAUGGAGGAACUUGUUGUGGAGUAUUGCAUGGACCUGGUAAUGUUGGUAGGGAGAGAGUGGGUGAAACGGAAAGGCAGAGUAACAGGCUUAGAGGUGACAGGGUCGAGAGGAUGAGUGGUAGUGAAAGGGGUACUGGUAGAGGUCUCAGGAGCGAUGAGCUUGGAGAGCAAAUCAUCGCCAGGUUGAGAACAUUCAGCCGAGAGCAUGCUACAAUGGGCAAGUCGGGCGAGACAGCGAGUGAUAGAUCUAGUAGUGCAUCGUUGGUUGAGAGGGCUGCUGCGAGGGAUACAAAGAAUUGGGAGGACGAGAGUGAUGAUGAGGACAAUGCCAUCUUGGAGAAUAAAAUGAGCAGUAAGGAUAAAGACGAGGUUGGUAAGGGAAAGGGAAAGCUGGUUGACGUUCAGAUUGUUGAUAGGAAGGAGGUGGUAUGUUUGUGA